GUAGGAGUUUGCCUGUAUCAUGAUUACCGCCAUUUUGAUAUCUCUCCUGGUUGUGUUCGGUUUGUCUUACCUGGUCAUGUUCUACACACGUUAUCGAAGAAUCAAGAACUCCACAGACAGGAUGACGCAGUUAGGACCCACUCACCCAGUUUGGGGACACCUGCACCUGUUUCAGAACAUGGCGGAAUAUUGUUCUCGCGUGUCUGAAGUUAUGGAGAAAACUCGGGCGAAGAUUGUUUGUAGUUGGAUUAUGUUUAUAGUACCUUUGAUAAGCACUUGUCACCCUGACACAGCUAAAGUAGUCAUAAAGGAGACAAAUGCUAAACCCAAACAUGACGUCGUGGGCUACAGACUGGUGGAACCAUGGUUAGGCGACGGUUUGCUUCUGUCAGACGGAGAGAAAUGGGAAAGAAACAGACGACUUCUGACUCCAGCUUUCCACUUUGACAUCCUCCGACCUUAUGUCGACAUCUAUAACGAAGUGGCUGAUAUAUUUCUGGGAAAACUUCAGAUGUUCUGCGAUGCCAAGGAGAGUGUGGAAGUUUAUAGUCUAGUCACUUUGGCGGCUCUAGACACCAUGUUGCGAUGUUCCCUCUCGUACGAAGGUCACGUGCAGGAGAAAGGAACGAAUCAUCCAUACGCAGAAGCAGUGAGAAACCUGGCAAAACUGACAGUAAGCCGAUCACUGAAACCCUGGCUGUAUUUUGAUUUUAUAUAUAAACUAUCCACUGAAGGAAAGGAGUUCUAUAAACUAAUAGACUUUGUUCACCAGUUUGCAGAUGACAUUAUACAAUCAAGGAGAAAGGCACUGGCUGAUGAUCCUGGUCAGUUACAAAAAAGAAGACGUGACUUCCUGGACAUACUUAUCACAGCAAAAGAUGACCAAGGCGAAGGAUUAUCUGAUCUUGAUAUUCGUGCAGAAGUGGACACAUUUCUUUUUGAAGGACAUGACACCACCUCUUCUUCCAUAAGCUGGGCUAUAUACAGUCUCGCAAAACAUCCAAAGGAACAGGAAACUCUUUACAAAGAGGUGAUAGAAGUCUUAAAUGGGCGAGACAAACUGCAGUGGGACGACCUCCCUUCACUGAAAUACAUGUCGAUGUUCCUGAAAGAAGUGAUGAGGAUGCAUACUCCCGUCCCCUUCAUCGGUCGAGUCACAGCCAAACCACUCACACUAGACGGCAUUACAAUUCCCGCCAAAACAAAAAUUGAUAUCAUUCUUCAUGCCAUAAAUCACCAUCCAGAUCUUUGGUCUGAUCCACAGGAGUUCCGACCUCGUAGAUUUGACGAGGAGAAAAGACAAGACCGAGAUCCGUAUAGUUACAUACCUUUCUCUGCUGGCUCAAGGAACUGCAUUGGACAGAAUUUUGCAGUCAGUGAGGAGAAAGUCAUGAUCGCAUCACUUAUAAAACGAUUUAAAGUCAGCCUCGUAGAAGGUCAUGUAUACGAACACUAUCCACAAUUUGUUAUGACCGCAAAAUACGGAAUUAAAAUUAACUUAGAGGAAAGAAGGGAACAUUAAUCUACUAUAGACAAUAAUGCUAUGUUUUUUCUACACCGCAAAUU